GCAUGGUCGCCAUAAUGAGUGACAUUAUCAUUAUCUCAUGUUUCUUUGUACUGUUUAUGAUACAAAGGGGAGUGCAUGCCAGCACUUGUGAAUCUCAAUACUUUGAUGAAAAGAAGCAGGUAUAUGAAAAUGAUUUCGCAAAUAUCAGCUAUGACCUUAACAUUGUGGAUGGUUCAAAUUAUUCGGCUAAAUUCAGAGUUGUGUUUGAUAUUUGCGACAACAAAAAAGUCUCUCUUCACUGUGUGUUUGCUUGGAGAAAGCAGACUAGCAACCUGUCCAUCGUCAACUGGCGCCCAAAGAAUGAAACAACAUGUUUUGCCAAGCAUGACAACCUCAGCAUCUCAGAGAUGGUCUUUGAGAUACAAAUUUCUCUACCCGUGAGACGGUCGUUCAGCAUGAUGAAACUUUCUAUUGCGGACGGCGGGGACAUCUUUAAGACAUUGCGAAUGUUCCGCCUUGAUGUCCUCUACCCCCCAAGAGCCACCAAUCUAACUUUUGAUGGUAUUGAAGUAAGUAGUAAUCUUCUCCUUGAUGAAGGCCAGGAGGUCACUGCUAUCUGUUUCUUUGAUGCGGGAAACCCUCCCACGACCUUUCGUCUGAUGAAUAAAUUCGGCCAAGAUUUGAAACAUGCUAAGCACGGAAACAGCAUCAGUCACUUAUUUGCUGCAAGAUGUGAAGAUGAAUGGCAGAAGGUCCGAUGUGAAGCAGCAGGCUCAGUGUUUAACAGAUCAGCAUCAUUUCUAGUCAAAUGUUUGCCAAAGUUUCUGGUCAGCAAAAUUCAAAUUCCUUCAAACCUUAAAGUCUUAUCGCUUGGUGUCAAGGCUCACACAACUGUUGCUGAUGGAUGUUUUUUAACACCAGCCUCGUCCAACGAUGACACCAGCAGGAAAGUCAACUGCACACUAAGCGGGACCCCGCCUGAUCUCGUCCUACGUCUUCACGUCCACAAGGAAGACAUCGAAAACCAAGAAAACUGGACAUUAAUUUUACGGAAUGAACAAGGCGCUGCCAGCAUCACCAUAAACAUAUGCAAUUCAUCCAGUAAGUCAACCGAAGAAAUUUUUAAUUAG